CUCAGCGUUCUCAUCUCUCUUCCUUCACCAUGAAGCUGAUGGACAAAUUCCACUCGCCUAAAAUCAAGAGAACGCCGUCAAAGAAGGGAAAACCGGCUGAGGUGUCUGUGAAGAUUCCAGAGAAGCCUGUGAACAAAGAGGCAACAGACAGAUUUCUACCAGAGGGCUACCCUAUCCCCUUGGAUCUGGAGCAGCAGGCAGUAGAAUUUAUGUCCACCAGUGCUGUGGCUUCCAGGUCUCAAAGGCAGAAGAACCUGAGCUGGCUGGAAGAGAAAGAAAAGGAAGUUGUCAGUGCCUUGCGAUACUUUAAAACCAUUGUGGACAAAAUGGCUAUUGAUAAGAAGGUACUGGAGAUGCUUCCAGGGUCAGCCAGCAAAGUGCUGGAAGCCAUCUUACCCCUGGUGCAGAGCGAUCCUCGAAUUCAGCACAGCUCAGCCCUCUCCUCCUGCUACAGCCGCGUGUACCAAAGUCUCGCCAACCUCAUCCGCUGGUCUGACCAAGUGAUGCUGGAAGGAGUGAACUCGGAAGAUAAAGAGAUGGUGACCACCGUGAAGGGCGUCAUCAAGGCUGUGCUGGACGGAGUGAAGGAGCUGGUCAGACUGACCAUCGAGAAGCAGGGACGUCCAUCGCCAACGAGCCCAGUCAAGCCCAGUUCCCCGCCCGGCAAGCCUGACGGCCCGUCCGAGCUCCCCCUGUCAGACCGUGAGAUGGAAAUCCUAAACAAGACGGCAGGGGUGUCACAGCCUGCCGAGCUCCUCCCGGAUGCCACAGACGAAGAGGUCGCGCCCCCCAAGCCCCCUUUACCUGGUAUUCGGGUGGUCGAUAACAGUCCUCCCCCAGCACUGCCACCCAAGAAAAGACAGUCGGCACCGUCCCCUACCCGAGUGGCUGUGGUGGCCCCCAUGAGUCGAGCCACCAGUGGCUCCAGUUUGCCUGUUGGAAUUAAUAGGCAGGAUUUUGACGUUGACUGUUACGCACAGAGGCGACUGUCUGGAGGCAGCCACUCAUACGGCGGGGAGUCGCCCCGCCUCUCCCCCUGCAGCAGCAUAGGCAAGCUCAGCAAGUCAGACGAGCAACUGUCCUCUCUGGACAGGGACAGCGGGCAGUGCUCCCGGAACACAAGCUGUGAAACACUAGAUCACUAUGAUCCUGACUAUGAAUUCCUCCAGCAAGACCUCUCGAACGCAGACCAGAUACCUCAGCAAAUGGCCUGUAACCUUAGCCCGCUGCCAGAGUCCUUGGGGGAGUCUGGGUCUCCAUUUCUUGGCCAUCCUUUCCAGCUGCCUCUUGGCAGCUGUCCCCAGCCAGAAGGGCCCUUGGCCCCAGGGCAGCAGACAGACACGCCACCCGCCCUUCCCGAGAAGAAGCGCAGAAGUGCGGCCUCCCAGACCACGGACAGCUCUGGCUGCAGGGUAUCCUACGAGCGGCACCCCUCGCAGUACGACAACAUCUCCGAGGAUGACCUGCAGAACCCAGCCCCGAUCCAGUCCGUCCCCUACACGCCCUUUGCUGCUGUUCUCCCUUUUCAGCAAGGAGGUUCCUCAGCGCCUAUUGAAUUUGUGGGUGAUUUCACUGCUCCUGAAGCAACGGGGGACCCAGAAAAACCACCUCCUCUACCAGAGAAGAAAAACAAACACAUGCUGGCCUACAUGCAGCUGCUUGAGGACUACUCGGAGCCACAGCCCUCCAUGUUCUACCAGACACCACAGAAUGAGCACAUCUACCAGCAGAAGAACAAGCUCCUCAUGGAGGUUUACGGCUUCAACGACUCCUUCAGUGGGGGAGACUCCACCCAGGAGCUGGCCCCGCCGCCUGCCCUGCCCCCCAAGCAGCGGCAGCUGCAGGCCUCCUAUGCUGCUUCUUCCUUCUCCUCUGUCUCCUACUGUGUCCAGCAAACUAAAGUGGCCUUCACCCUCGAGGACGGCAGUGCCACUCAGGGCCUCAGUGUGUCCGUCUCUAACUCCUUUCUCAGCCGGCACGGCAGCUUGCCCGUGCCCUCGUACAAAUCUGUGUUUAGGUCCUACUCCCAGGAUUUCGUGCCUCACCACCAAGCUUCCGUUCAGCCUUUCCUCCCGCCUACCUCCUCUUCCUCUCCACAUUUCCCACCUGUCCACCAGUCUCAGAGCUCUGACUUAGCGGUGCCAGCUGUAGCCAGUCUGCCGCCCAGCACCAUGGACGGGCCUCUCUCAUCUUCCCAGGAGAGCAGCUUUCAUGGGAAUACUGUCUGCCUUCCUUCCGAAACCUCUUUCACUGACUCGAGUGAAAACGCCAGUGAGGAAGCUGGUGAGGGUGAAUAUGUCAAUCUGUACUCCUCUGGCCAGAGCAGCGAGGAGCUGGCUCCCUCUCGAGGAGAACCACCAGCUGGGAAAGAUGGGCAUCCCAGAGAUCCCUCAGCAGCCGGCACUGUACCCGGGAAGGACAGCAGAGAUGGCGGUGAGAGGGCCCCAAAGUCACCAGAUGCUCUGGAGUCAGCCGAGUCAGAGGAGGAAGUGGAUGAGCUGUCCCUCAUUGACCACAAUGAGAUUAUGGCCAGACUCACGCUCAAGCAAGAGGGUGAUGACGGGCCAGACGUCCGUGGAGGAUCAGGGGACAUCUUACUGGUCCACGCUACGGAGACGGACAGGAAAGACUUGGUGCUGUACUGCGAGGCCUUCCUGACCACCUACAGGACCUUCAUCAGCCCGGAGGAGCUCAUCAAGAAGCUGCAGUACAGAUACGAGAAGUUCUCUCCUUUUGCUGACACGUUCAAGAAGCGCGUCAGCAAGAACACAUUCUUCGUGCUGGUGCGGGUGGUGGACGAGCUCUGCCUAGUGGAGUUGACAGAGGAGAUCCUGAAGCUGCUGAUGGAACUGGUCUUUCGCCUGGUGUGCAACGGGGAGCUCAGCCUGGCCCGCGUGCUCCGGAAGAACAUCCUGGACAAGAUGGACCAGAAGAAGCUGCUCAGAUGUGCCAACUCCGACCAGCCGCUAGCAGCCAGGGGGGUAGCAGCCAGGCCAGGGACCUUGCACGACUUUCACAGCCAUGAAAUAGCUGAGCAGCUGACACUGCUGGAUGCCGAGCUCUUCUAUAAAAUAGAGAUUCCUGAGGUUUUGCUUUGGGCAAAAGAGCAGAACGAGGAGAAGAGCCCCAACUUGACCCAGUUCACGGAGCACUUCAACAACAUGUCCUACUGGGUCCGGUCAAUAAUCAUGUUACAGGAAAAGGCCCAGGACAGGGAACGGCUGCUCUUGAAGUUCAUCAAGAUCAUGAAGCACUUACGGAAGCUGAAUAACUUCAACUCCUACCUGGCCAUCCUCUCGGCGCUGGACUCGGCGCCCAUCCGCCGGCUAGAAUGGCAGAAGCAGACCUCAGAGGGCCUGGCCGAGUACUGCACGCUCAUCGACAGCUCGUCCUCCUUCCGGGCCUACCGGGCCGCCCUCUCGGAGGUGGAGCCUCCCUGCAUCCCGUACCUGGGGCUAAUCCUGCAGGACCUGACCUUCGUCCACCUGGGGAACCCAGACUAUAUCGACGGGAAGGUGAACUUCUCCAAACGCUGGCAGCAGUUCAACAUCCUUGACAGCAUGCGGUGCUUCCAGCAGGCGCAUUAUGACAUCCGGAGAAACGAUGACAUCAUAAACUUCUUCAACGACUUUAGUGACCACCUGGCUGAGGAGGCCCUAUGGGAACUCUCUCUGAAAAUUAAACCCAGGAACAUAACAAGGAGAAAAACAGACCGGGAAGAGAAGACCUAGGAGCAGGUGCCAGGAUGGAGGCACGUGCUCGGGGACACUGAGCAGCUCCACAACCAGGGCGCCCUGGUGACCUGUCGGGCGCUGCAGCACUCCUGGCCCCAGAGCCACGAGGCCCAGCCACGGCUGGCUGAGCUGGCAGGAGCCUGGAGCCUGCCGGCAGCUUCCUGCCUCCCUCCUUCCCUCCCUGUGGGAGCAGACCCAGGCACCGUGGAGCCAUUCUCGGGCCUCAUUGCUGACUUGUGAGCCAGUGGUUUCCUGGGUUGGUUUUGUUUUCUGCUUUCACGUCUGUCUUUCCCCUCUUGCCCUCCCUCCCACCUGGGAGCAGCAGGGAUGUCAGCAGCUGAAAGAACAGCCCGUCCUCCCUCUCCCUAAGCUCCAGGGUCCCUGAAUCUUCUGAACGGCGAGUGAGUGGAAGCCUGAGGCCCUCUGGAGCAGGAGCCUGCAACGGCUGGGGCAGAAAGCAGAGAAGACCCAGGAGGCCCCUUUCGCUUUCCAUUGCCUGCUUAGACAUGGAGGAGGAUGACAGCUUUCCUCUGGCCCAGAGAGGGGCGAUUCAGCAGCCCCGCAGCUGGCACUCUUUGUCAUGGUACUGGCACCUGCAGGGCCUCCCUUGCUGGACCACAGGCAGCCACGGCGUCUGUCAUCUUGCUGCCCCUUCAGCUCCCACAGCGCUGGUGCACUGGGGAGCUGGGAGGAGUGUGGGGUGAGGGAGCACUGUAUCAUCAGACACUUGUUAGUUCUGGGAGUCUUUUUAACCUUGUCUGAGCUCCGGGGCGCGUUAACUCGGCGGGGGAGUGGAGGAGCUGCUCUGGCUGGCAGAGUCCAGCAGCCCCUCCCGUCGCUUGCUGUGUGCCUUAAAUGCCGUCUCCAGCUUCCCUCCUGUCGUGCCCACUCUGGGGCGGCACCUCCUUUGGCUCUGCAGACCUUUCUGCCAGUGCCCCCUACAAGGACGGGCGUCCCUGAGAGGCCCUCGGGGUGCAGGGAGGGCGGAGGCGCUCCUGAGGCCGAGCAGCUUGCCUCCCCAGCGAAAGCAUCAUCGAGAGCAGGUACUCUUCCCAUCCUCCUUGUUAAAAACCAUUCUUGCUGCUGAGGUUGACAAUCUGGGGCAAGGUUUGCAGAGGUGCUCAGUAAACAGAGGUGCCACCGCAGCCCUGCCUGGCUCCCUGGCAGCCGAGUGCGGGUCGGAACCCAGAUGCGCUGCCUGCCUGGGCCUGUUUUGCAUGAAUGAGCGCUCACUUCUCCUGGGCUUGGUUAAGCAAACAUCAGGCUCUCACUGUGCUUACUUAGCCCAGCUUACACAGAACAAAGGAAAAAAGUAGAAAGCAACACCUGUUGAUUAGAUUUUUUUUAAACAACCCCUGUCAUUUUGAGUCCUUCAUGAGUUUGGGAGCAUUUAUCAAGAAGAAAAUGGGGGCUGCUUUUUCCUCUUUUGUGUUUUGUUUGUCCUAUAGAGAGAGGGGCGGACCCCUGGGAAAGUCAGGUAGGAUCCCCUCUGGCAGCAAUCCUGCUAGGGCUGGCCAAGCCUGUCACUUUAUUAUUUAAAGCGUGUGUGUGUGUGUGUGUGUGCGUGUGCGUGUGCGUGUAGUCGCUGAUUUCCUAACAGUGUUGUGUGUGGGGUUGGGUUUUUAGUUUGUUUCCUCCUCUUUAAGUCCCUUCAUUUCAUCCGUGCCUCCUGCCCUCGCCCAGCUCUGGUGGAUGCUACUGUGUGAGGGCCGCUCUGCACCCAGGGCUCUUGGGUGGUGCCAACUGACAGUCCCCUCGUCCUUGUGAGAGCCCCAUUCCCCUGGGUCUGCAGUCAGGGGCUGUCAUAGCUCCAUCUGCCUUGUGCUCAGGCCUGAGCAAGGUGGGGGAUCUCUUCCCAUUCUCCGAGGUAGCAGCAGAGCCUGUGCCCUGAGCAGAAGGGCCCAGGCAGUGCCGGGCGGCUCCCUGCCUGAGGACAGUGAGUGUGUCUUUACCUUAUCGGCUGACAGGCGCCCCCACCCACCCCCUCAGUGCUGCAGGCGGCCUACACUAGGCUGCUUCUUGGGGGCCAGGGAGUGUCAUGGGAGUUGGUCUUCGCAGACAGCCGUGAGUAAAACGGAGGACUCAGGUCCCUGUAGAGAAAGUCAGUUCUCACCCGCAGGUGUGGGCGGAGCCAGGUGGGGCAGGCAUGCACGUGUUGGCCUGAACCCCAGUUCUGAGGAGUGUCCCCUGCUCUGGCUGCCCACGACCACCCCAGUGUUCCCUUGUAAAAUAUACCCCCCCAACUAACCUGAUCGUGGCAUCUUCCUGCAGACAUUUCAAACGUGUAACUUUUAUACGGAAAAAAAUAAACACAGACGAAAGCUGCCCAGUGCUGGG